ACCGGUGCCCUUCAAAUGGAAUCUGUAAACGACACCGCUUACUCAGUCUGUUUGUUCAGCUAAUUUCAUCUUACAAUUUGCGAUAAUUGUUUCAUGUUCAGGCGAACCUUAACGUUUGUGGAUCAGAUAGGAUGAUGUAUGUUUCAUGGUUGGUCUUCCACGGCCUUCACCAUUAAAUAUUUCAUUUCGUUACAAACUAUUGUGAUUUGGUUGUUCCCUAUUUUACAGGGCAGAAGGAAAUAAUUGAUUUCAGUCGCCAACAAACAAGUGAAUAUUGACUUUUCAGAAGCACGCAUUCUUUGGAUCGCCAUCUCAACACAUUGUAUAUGUUUUUGUUUUUAUAACUAUCCGCAUUGAACAAUCUUACUUUAUUAAGACCACACAUGCACAUCAUCAUCUUUUUGGCACUUAUGUACACAAAGCCGCACAGGCCUUCACCGACAUCGCCCGUAUAUCAUCUAUUUACAUUUCUUGACGUAGAGAUAUAAAUAUUUUUGUCUGUCUCCAUGUGUGUGUAACUUAGAGAGAAUCCAGCCAGCGCCAAACAUUCUAUGGGUAAGUAGAAAAUACAUCUACAUUGCGUAUCUCAUGAUAUCGUAGACAAAAAAAACUGAACCUUGGUCAUUAUUAACAUGGAAAACGUUAAUCACCUGGAUACGUCUACCUCGGCAGUUUUUAACAAUAUUGAUACAGUUACACAGACAUACAACGACGAGAAACUUUUAUGGAGUGAAACACUAACCACUCAAGGUUCAUUGUAUGGAAAUAUUCCUGAAUAUAGCUGUGAUACUUGUGGGAAAACUUUCCUUUUAGAAAACGAUUUGUCCACGCACAAGGAAAUACACAAUAGGGAAAAACCCUUUCACUGUGAAGUGUGUGGGCAAUCUUUUGUAACUAACAGUUAUUUAACAAGCCACAUUAGGACUCAUACGGGUGAAAAACCCUUCCAUUGUGAAAUCUGUGGUAAAUCAUUCUCGCAUAAUUCCACUCUUGUAGUUCAUAUACGAAUGCACACGGGAGAGAGACCCUAUCAUUGUGACAUAUGCGGAAAGGCGUUCGCUGAUAAUUCUAAUCUCGUCGGUCAUCGGAGAAUCCACACGGGAGAAAAACGAUUCGAUUGUGAUAUCUGUGGCAAGUCCUUUAUCUUUAAAAGCGAUUUUAACAGACACAAACGAAUCCACACGGGGGAGAAACCCUUUUCUUGUGAAUUAUGCGGGGACUCGUUCUCCGAUAACUCCAGUCUUGUACGCCACCGAAGAAUCCAUACGGGAGAAAAACGGUUCCACUGCGAAAUAUGCGCGAAGUCUUUUGCCUUUAAUAGCGAUUUGAACAGACAUAAAAGGGUUCACAACGGAGAAAGGCCCUACCAUUGCGAAGUAUGCGCAAAAUCGUUCUCUGAUAAUUCCAGCCUCUUGGUUCACCGAAGGAUUCAUACGGGAGAAAAGCGAUUUGAUUGCGAAAUAUGUAGCAAAUCUUUUAUUACCAGCAGCGAUUUAACCAGGCAUAAACGAAUUCAUACUGGGGAAAAACCUUAUCAUUGUGAUGUGUGCGGUAAGUCUUUCAUCACGAAUGGUCACUUGAAAAGACACAAAAUUAUGCAUACAGGAGUGAAAAACUAUCAUUGUGAAAUCUGUGGCAAAUCAUGCACUCGGAAUUCUCAUCUUGUUAGCCACAUACGUAGUCACACCGGAGAGAAACCGUUCCAUUGCGAAGUGUGUGGCAAGUCCUUCACGCAGAAUUCUAAACUUAACCUCCACAAACGUAUUCAUACAGGUGAAAAACUCUUCCACUGUGAGGUGUGCGGAAAGUCGUUCGUCUUCAACAGUGAUUUCAAUCGACACAAAAGGACGCACGCAGUGGGGAAAUCCCACCAUGGCGAAACGUUUGGGAAAUCCUUCACUCAGUCUUCUUGUCUUGUUACCCACAGUUGUAUCCACACUGGAGAAAAACCAUAUCUUUGUGAAAUAUGCGGGAAUCUUGCGUCAUAAAUUCUCAUUUUGUAGUUCACAAACGUAGUCGCACUAAAGAGAAAACAGUAUCAGAGUGAAGUAUGUUGUAAAUAAUUUAAAAAGAUAAACGUUUUAAAAAGAUAAACGUAACACACAAGAGGAAAGCCUUUAUCUGUGGAGAAACCCUUGCAAAUCUAAACGUAGAGUCCAGUAGCCUGUACACAUUGAAGGACAAUUAAAAUAGUGAAAUAUGUUGGAAAUAAUUUUUAUUGUAUGUCCAUGGUGUAGUCUACCAGUGUCUUCUCAUUUGAGAGAAACCUUUUCACGAAAAUAUUUGUGGAUUGUAUACAAACUAUUGAUAAUGGAAUUUACAUGAGACAAAAUCUAUAUCACUGUGAAAUAUGUGAGGAAUUAUCCAGUGUGAAGUAAGCCUUGUAAUCUACAACUGAAUAUAAACUGAAAAAAGGAAAAAAAAAAUUGGCAUUGUGGAAUAUGUUGGAAACUAUUCCGGAAGUUUCAGAGUUGUGAU